CCGUGUCCCUAGAUUCCGCAGUCCGCUUCGGGCCCCACGCGUGGAGGAGGAGGCGGAAGCGCGCCCGGACCCUCGUCAAGGUGCGCCCGGCCCAGCCUCCCGCCGCGACUUCUCCCCGCAACGUUCCCCUACACCACCCCCCCCCUCCUCAGAGGCCGCCUUUUAGCCGGCAACAACAGUGUGAAAAGGACCAUCUGGCUCAAAAAAUUGCCUGAGAGCAUAAACUUUUUUUGGCAAGACAACCAUUCCCUAUUUCAGCCAGCUCGUGGAGGGAGAGAAACGGGGAGGGAAAGGAAGGCGGGGGUGGGGGGGGGAAAGAAAAGCAAGGGGCAGAGUGAGGCGGGACACACAGACGCAGCUGGCCAUUCAAACAAAGCUCGGAAUUUUGAUGGUGUGUGCGAAGACAAGGAGGGGAGAGAAAGGGCAGUCUCAGCAGAGGCAUCCUUGGGGGUGCAGCACAACGCCGAGGCGAGUCGGUGGCUUGGGAGAGAGCGUGGGGAGAGGCCCGGGGAACGACGAUGCCGCCUCCUCAAGACAUCGUAAAGGUGGCCAUUGAGAGGCCGGGUGCCUUUGCGCAGCUCAUUGAGUUGGACCAGAAAAAGCCUCUUUCUGCAGUGAUCAAGGACAUCUGCUAUGGAUGGAAUAUAAGCGACUCCGAAAACUACGCUCUGCAUUAUACAGAUGGGAACCAGAUGUACAUUACUGAAAAGAAUCGAAACGAAAUAAAGAAUGGAGCCAUCUUGAAGUUGACAGACUCGGCAUCUAAAACCGCUCAGCUGCUGGUGGAACGGAUCCGAUCAACCCGGCCGGACGACCGACUGGACGCACUUAAGACGUUGGCCCGCCUCUCUGUGGACGUCACCUUUGCCUCCGAGUUCAUCAAGCUGGACGGGAUCGGACUGUUGACGCGCAGCGUGGAAACUGGCACCACCGAUAUUGGGGAGAACCUGGCCUAUACCCUGACUGCAUUUGUGGAAUUGAUGGAUCACAGCAUUAUGUCCUGGGAAUCCUUCACCCAGGGACCAUUUGUUAAAAAGGUGGUGUGCUUUGCUACCCGGUCGACAGCGGACGCCACCGUGCUGCAACGCUCGCUCGCGAUCCUGGAGAGCAUGAUUCAGAGUGGGAACGCGCUGUCCCUGCACGUGGCCUCCGAGAUCUCCAUCCAGCAGCUGCAGCCACAUCUCUCCGUGUCUAAUCAGGAAAUUCAGAUAUACACAAUUGCUGUCAUCAAUGCCCUCUUCAUGAAGGCGACUGCGGAGAAGAAACAAAAUAUUAAUUAUUUUCAGAAGACUCUGAGACCCACGAUUCUCAAUACCGUGAUCCGCAGCAACCGGCCAUCGGCCACGGAUAUGGCGCACCAGCUGUACGUGCUGCAGACACUCUCACUAAACCUGUUGGAGGAUCGCAUGAUGACCAAGCUGGACCCGCAGGACCAGGUCCAACGGGAUCUGCUGAUGGAGCUGCGCAAGAUCGCCUUCGACAGCGAUGUGGAUCAGACGAACAACAGUGGCUCCAUCGACAAGAGGAAGUCCAUGUUCACGCAGGAUUACAAGAAGCUGGGCUUCUUGAACAGUGUGAACCCUGCGCUGGACUUCACGGCCACCCCCCCGGGCAUCCUGGCGCUGGACUGCAUGCUCUACUUUGCCAAGCAGCACCAGGACUCCUACAUCAGACUGGUGCUGGAAAACAGCUGCCGCGAGGACCGCCACGAGUGCCCGUUUGGCCGCAGCAGCAUCGAGCUCACGCGCAUCAUGUGCGAGAUCAUGCGCAUCCGCGAGCCCCCAUCGGAGACGGGCCAGGAUUACUACCCCAUGUACUUCACACACGACAACGCCUUCCAGGAGCUGUUCUGCGUGUGCGUGCAACUGCUCAACAAGACGUGGAAGGAGAUGCGCGCCACCUUCGAAGAUUUCGACAAGGUGCUGCAGGUGGUGCGUGAACAGAUUGUGCGGUGUCUCCUAAACAAGCCCAACUCCAUGGACCAGUUUCGCGUUCACCUCCAUAACCUGGGCUACGCGGAGAUCCUCAAGAUCCGCCAGUCAGAGCGCAUGAACCAGGAGGAGGGCGACUUCAAGGCCGCACCCAUCAUAGAGCUGCGCGAGAAGAUCCUGCCCGAGGUGCUGGAGCUCAUCAAGCAGCAGCGCCUCAACCGACUGUGCGAGGGCACCACCUUCCGCAAGAUCGGCAAGAACAGGCGGCAAGACAAGCUGUGGUACUGCCGGCUGUCGCCCAACCACAAGGUACUGCACUACGCGGACGUCGAGGAGGGCUCCAAAGCGCCGGCCAUCGAGGCCCUACAGGAGAAGCUGCCGAUAGCGGACAUCAAGAUGGUGGUGACGGGAAAGGACUGUCCACACAUGAAGGAAGUUCGCAAGAGCAAGGAUGUGAUGGACCUGGCCUUUUCCAUUCUCUACGAUCCCGACGAGUCUUUGAACUUCAUCGCCAAGAGCCCGGAUGAGUACUGCGUGUGGACGGACGGGCUCAACGCGCUGCUGGGCCGCGAGAUGGUGAGCAAAGCGACAUGCAGCGACCUGGAGGUGUUGCUCAACAUGGAGAUGAAGCUGCGGCUGCUGGACCUCGAGAACAUUCAAAUUCCCGAGACGGCGCCCGUCGUGCCCGUCCCGCCCAGCAACUACGACUUCACCUACGACUUCAGCUGAACGCCGAACUCUCUCGCCUCAACCACAACGUCGGCUGAUCGCUGACCUCUCACAUCACCUGCGGCUUCAGCUACGACUUCAGUUGAGUGCCGAUCUCUCAGCACAUCCCGAGCCAGCACAGCCUGGACCCCGCACAGCCCAUGCGCGGCCAAUCGUGAUGCCGCUGACCAAGCCGUGGCCCUCGGCUCUGUCUGCCACAGCCACACCACCUCCUAACCUGGAUCGCGGUGCCAGGGCUAACCCAGUGUUGGACAAAUUAGGUCUGAUCUUUUAGUCCUUGGACCAUGCCUUACCUUACCCAAGUCUAACUUAAAGGAGGUUGCAACCCAACAAAAAAAACUGCAGUUAUUUUGUUUAUACGUAUGUAUGCCUUGUGUCCUAGAGGCGCGUUAAUAAGAAUUUGUUUUCGUGGUAAUGCGACUUUCGGAUGCACUGCCACAACGCCUUGUGUUGACAUCACUGGGGUGUGGUUGCAUUAAACCACGAAUGCCUCGUGGAGGGCCCGAGUGUCUCGAGCGGACAGCAGGGAAACCGUGCUCCCUACGACUCGCUUUAAACAUUGUGACUGCAAUUGUUUUUUGGCUUGCAUCUUCCUUUAAACUGGCCACAUAGCCCAGCCGUGAUCCACGUACGCUUCUCCUGAGUGUAUUACCACUAGUUCUAGAAUGUUACAUCCAGAACAGGACAUAAACAUGGCUCCACCCAAUCUGGGUUUAGAAUAUCUUGAAGGCCGAGGCUCUAAAUCCAAACCCAUUUGGCCAAACGAGGAGACAGGGGGUGGGGGGGGGGGGCAGGUUCUGUGCUGCAACUGCUGGUUCCGACCUUCACUCCACGUGAAGGGCAGAGCUGUUCGCAGCUCUUCAGCUCCCUUUUACCCCACGCUCGUAAAGCAUGGGAGAGCGAUGAUUUCAAGAUCAGUCUGAACCUGUUUCAUUGGCAUUGUACAUAGUAUGAGAUACAUUGUCUCAUUCUUGGGCAGCCUAAACCUUGAAGCUAGUUGAUAAGAUGCUCAUGAAUUGCUUAUUAUUGGCAAGGAAAAGCCUUCAAAGUACCGUUUGGUAUUGUAUCUCCAUAUCACUGUGAAAGUGCAAUUAUGCCUCACCAAUGGGUGCGUGCAUCCACAUAUCAAUACUUGUGGCUUGAUCGGUCAGCAAUCAUGCUGAGGUUAAGUAAUAAUUAAUCAAAGUAAUGCACACGUGAACACGUACAUUUUGACUGGCUUAUCAUUAGGUAUGCAUUUCCUGAUGGAUACCAGCUUGUCAAAACAUUACUGUUAUAUUAAGUUUUUAACUCCUUAAAUUAAUACAACAAAUAAAACGUUUCACUGCACCCGUAUUUUAAAUUAAACUACAUGAGCAUGAAUUUUUAUGUCUUACAAAAUAAGAUAUUUCCUCCUGACUAUUUAACUGCAUGUUAAAUCGGAUACAGACACACGUGGCAAAUAGCCAUUGGUCUUGUGUGUCCCUGGCAUUUUGUAGCAACGUAUUAAACCUGCAUAACAGGUGUUAAAGGCUCCAGCUAUACAUGGUGAGCAUCAGAGGGCAAUGCAUCUAAUUUUUGUUUUGUCAAACUUGCUGUAUUCACAUCUGUAUGUAUGUAUGAAAGAGUUUGUGCUUUCGACGUUCUGCACUUGUUCUGCACAUGGUGUGCACUCAAACAUACUCUUUUGCACAGGAAUGGCAGCCGGUAGAUGGCAGCAGACCUUUAAGCAUAGACUCCAGGGUUCAUGCCUGGCGUUUUCGGACCAAUGACAACGCGAGAGUGAGACUACGAGGUGCCCCUGUGGCUGCGGCGUCCGCGGUCAUCUCAGUCAUGCAACCCAUGGCACCGGCAGGUUCUGUACCGUGACCUCCUGCCAGCGAGCCUUCGAUACUUCACGUGGCCUCAACCUGGCCUGGCACAAGCGCCGUGGUGAUGGUCACCGCCGCCUCGUGGCGAAUGGCGGCUGUUAUUUGUGCGCCAUUUGCACUCGGGCCUACCGUGGAGCUGCUCCAGCUCCAGGCUCCACCGGCUGGCGGAGUCUGGUUGUUCUUAAUUGGACUCUCGAUGCAGUAGAGACUCCAGGUUACAAUUGGUUUUGUAAAUCUGAUUAUAAUGAGGUACGGUGUAACAUUUUAAUCUCGGAAUUCCGUAGCACUCCAGUCAUGUAUUUUUUUUUUUUAUAGGAUGAUAAUUUUGCCUAAAAGAGCCAUGCUGCAAAACAUGGAUGAUUGCACAUGGGCUGUGGACCGGCAGCCUCGGGUUUUCUUCUGUAAAAAAAAAAACUACGUUGGUAAAACAUCUUGUCUUUCCAUUAUUGAUUCACGUCAUUAAUUUAUCUUUGGAGCUUAUGCACGAUAAUCAUAACCGGUGGCAAAAUAUGAAAUCAGGCCUGUGACCUCGGGCUCCCGCCUCUCUCACAUACCAAAUCAGGGCAUAUUUCUUAGUCAGCCAUAUCUCGGUACAAAUCAAUCCCAGGCCUACACGAACACACAUGCCAAUUUUCAGACUGUCUUGGUUAAACCUGGGACAGGUGGCUGUCUUGUGAGACACUCGUGGCGGGUCGAGGGCUUGCGUUGCGGACCACUGAACUCCAUAAAGUAUGAGCUGGCUUGCG